AAACAAUAAUAUUUGUGAAUCCAUCUUUCUUCAUAAUUUGGUCGCUUAAAAGUCUCUCCUCACUCACUCAUCACUCCAUCCCCAUACCCCCAAAUUCCUACAUCGGAUCUCCCAAUUUCUCACUAUUUCAAUCCACUUCUCAAUCAAUCUAUAGAUGCCCGCUGCUCUGAAUCCACCGGAAAAUCGAUCAGAUCGUUCCACCUCAGAUUCCAGCUGCAGCAGUCGAUCGGUUUGCUUGAUUGAUUGAUUGAUUGAUAGGUAGAUACGUAUACAGAUGGCUUCCCCUGGCAAUCCCCACGCACCAGGCGGAGGUCCCUUCGAUAUGCACAAAUUGUUCAAGCCCUCCACGCCGCCGCCUCAGCAGCAGCAUCCCACCUCCACCCCCAAUUCCAACCCUAACCCUCAGAGCUUCCCCAACAACGUCAGCAAUGCUAAUUCCAACCCUAAUUUGGUCUCCGCCCCCUUCCCAGUCCCGUCGGCAUCGUAUCCGCCGCCUACCGGCGCCGGAAGUGGGAACUACUCCUAUUCCCCACAGACGUCGCCGUACCAUUACCACCCGGUGUACACCCCCUACUCCAACCCCCCUCCGCCGCCGCAUCAGGAGUAUGCUAAUGUGCACCCUCAGAGAUCGAUGUCUUAUCCCACCCCGCCGCUCCAGCCCCAGCUGCAGGCGCCGCCUAAUUCGCAGCACCAAAAUAAUUUUCAGAACCCCCCAAAUCCCCACCCCCAAAACCCUAAUAAUCCAGGUGCUCGUUUGAUGGCGUUGCUGAGUGCGCCGCCUUCUACCAUGGAUGUUGUUCCGCAGCAGCUGUCAAUGCCAAUGGCUCAAAUCCACCCCACUUCCUCAUCGGGCUCUGAUUUUUCUAUGCUGCAGAAUGUGAACGUCUUGCCCUCUUCUGGCCAGGGUAUGGCUGUUUCACAUCAGGGCCCGGUAAUGCGGAUGCCGAGUAGUAAGCUGCCCAAGGGGCGGCAUUUGAUCGGAAGUAAUGUUGUUUACGACAUAGAUGUUAGAUUGCCUGGAGAAGUGCAGCCUCAACUUGAGGUUACACCCAUCACAAAAUACGGAUCAGAUCCUGGACUUGUUUUGGGGAGGCAAAUCGCGGUCAACAAGACUUAUAUCUGUUAUGGGCUGAAGUUGGGGGCCAUCCGGGUGCUCAAUAUUAACACUGCUUUGAGAUCCUUGCUUAAGGGUCUAGCGCAGAGAGUCACAGACAUGGCUUUCUUUGCUGAAGAUGUUCACCUUUUGGCUAGUGCAAGCGUUGAUGGGCGGGUUUACGUGUGGAAAAUAACAGAAGGUUCUGACGAAGAAGAUAAACCUCAGAUUACUGGAAAGAUAGUUACUGCCUUACAAAUUACUGGAGAGGGGGAAUCUCUCCAUCCUAGAGUUUGUUGGCACUGUCAUAAACAAGAAGUUCUUGUAGUGGGAAUCGGUAGGCGCGUUCUGAAGAUUGAUACUACAAAAGUUGGAAAAGGUGAAAAGUAUUCAGCAGAGGAGCCACUUAAAUGUCCAAUUGAAAAGUUGAUUGAUGGCGUCCAACUUGUUGGCAGCCAUGAUGGAGAAGUGACUGACUUGUCUAUGUGCCAGUGGAUGACCACACGCUUGGUAUCGGCUUCAGUGGAUGGAACGAUAAAGAUUUGGGAGGAUCGCAAGUCAUCUCCAAUUGCAGUUCUCAGGCCACAUGAAGGACAACCUGUCAAUUCCGUGACCUUGUGGCUGCUCCUCAUCGUGCACUCAAUUGUCAAAGUGUUCAUGCAGGGCCCCCUGAAUCGAGAAUUGAAGAUAUGGGUUUCAGCAAGUGAAGAAGGGUGGUUGCUUCCUAGUGACGCAGAAUCAUGGAACUGUAUUCAGACGUUGGAAUUGAGAAGUUCAGAGGGUCAACUAGAAGAAGGUUUCUUCAAUCAAGUAGCAGCAUUGUCACAAGCUGGCCUUCUUUUAUUAGCAAAUGCUAAGAGAAAUGCUAUUUAUGCUGUGCACAUGGAAUAUGGUCCUAACCCAGCAGCAAGUUGUUUUGAUUAUAUAGCAGAAUUUACAGUCACUAUGCCAAUACUCAGUUUUACAGGGACAAGCGAAGUAGGACCUCAUGGUGAACAAAUUGUUCAAGUGUAUUGUGUCCAGACACAGGCUAUUCAGCAGUAUGCUUUAGACUUGUCACAGUGUCUGCCACCCCCUACAGAGAAUGUAGUCUAUGAGAAGACAGACUCUAGUGUCUCACGGGAUGCUGCAAGUAUUGAAGGGAUUGCUAGGAUGGAGCCGUCUGGCAGUAAACCAUCAGAGAUUUCUAUAUCUAGCACAGCUCCCAAGGCAAGCCUGCAUGAAGGUGGCUUGGAUAAUGCAUCAACCAUUAGGUAUGCUGUUGGUGCUGCUUCCGGUGAGUCACCAGCUAUACAAGAGUUUGCUACCUCAAGUAUGGAGUCCAAACAAGUUAAUUUGUCCAAAGCUGUUAAUGAAACUGAUAUUUCUCUUGCCACUUCAACUCAACUCCCUCUGAGUCCCAGGGUUUCUAGAUCUCUAUCUGGUUUUAGUCGAUCAAGCAGCAUUGAGCAUGGCCCACCUGGUUCGGAGCAGAAAGUGAUUGAAUAUUCAGUAGAUAGACCAAUGGAUGGUAUUCAUGGAAACUUGUCUGAUGUUGCUUCAUUGGAUGGUGAUUCUCAAGAUGAUAUUUCUGCCGCUCGCAAUCAUCCAAUCAAGUUCAAACACCCCACUCAUUUGGUAACUCCUGCUGAGAUAUUGAUGGCCACUUCAUCCUCUGAUGUUAACCACGCAAUUGAGCCCCAAAGUGAGGGUGAGCGUAAUAUUCAAGAUGUGGUAGUUAGCAAUGAUACAAGGAAUGUUGAGGUAGAGGUCAAAGUUGUUGGCGAAACAAGAUUCAGUCAAAGUAAUGAUAUUGAGCCCCGAGAAGAACUUGAGACUUUUGUGUCAGAGAAUAAGGAAAAAACCUUUUGCUCUCAAGCUUCUGAUCUUGGAAUGGGAAUGGCUCGGGAAUGCCGCAUCUUGUCUCCUGAAACGUACACUGUGGAGGAAGCUAGGCAGGUUAGUGGGACAGAUCGAAGAGAAGCAGAUACCCAACCCUCUACCACAGUGGAAGAAGGUCAUGACUCUGCAAAGGAUAUGACUCAGAAGGAUGCCGAUUCUUCAACCCCUUUGGCUGCUCAACCAACUGCACCAACUACGAAAGGGAAGAAGCAAAAGGGAAAGAGUGCUCAAGGAUCGAGUCUAUCUUCACAAUCUCCUAGUGAGUUCAAUUCAACUGAUUCUACUGUUGAACCUGGUGUUAGCUCUAGUACUCCCCAGGCAGAAACUGGAGUUCCACAAAUACUUUCCAUGCAAGAAAUGCUGAAUCAGAUUGUGAACAUGCAAAAUGAAAUGCAGAAACAAAUGGCACUGAUGGUUGCCGUUCCAGUUACCAAAGAGGGAAAAAGACUUGAGGCAGCCUUGGGAAGAAGCAUGGAGAAAGCUGUCAAAGCCAAUUCUGAUGCUUUGUGGGCUCGUCUUCAAGAUGAAAAUGCAAAACAGGAAAAAGCAGCUAAAGAGCGCAUGCAACAGCUAACGAAUACAAUCAGUAAUUGCUUAAACAAAGACUUACCUGCUAUCAUAGAGAAAACUGUCAAGAGAGAACUGACUACGAUUGGGCAAUCUGUGGCACGCACCAUUACGCCAGCCAUUGAGAAAACAAUUUCCACUUCCAUUAUAGAGAGCUUCCAGAAAGGAGUAGGUGAUAAAGCUGUAAAUCUGUUGGAAAAAUCAGUCAGCUCCAAACUUGAAGCUUUGGUUGCUAGGCAAAUCCAAGUUCAAUUUCAAACUUCUGGCAAGCAAGCUCUGCAGGAAACCCUGAAAUCGAGCCUGGAAGGUUCUGUAAUCCCUGCAUUUGAGAUGUCAUGUAGGACCAUGUUUGAGCAGGUCGAUACAGCAUUUCAAAAAGGAAUGGUUGAGCAUACGUCAGUGGUUCAGCAACAAUUUGAGGCAUCACAUUCUCCAUUAGCGCUUGCACUAAGGGAUGCUAUAAAUUCAGCAUCAUCAAUGACUCAAACUUUGAGCAACGAGUUGCUUGAUGGUCAAAGAAAAUUGUUAGCUAUUGCUGUAUCCGGAGCGAAUUCUAAAGCUCCGAGUCUAUUGAGUCAACUAAGUAAUGGUCCUUUGGGUUCACUUCAUGAGAAGCUUGAGCUUCCCCCUGACCCGACCAAAGAGCUAUCUAGAUUAAUAGCUGAGCGCAAGUAUGAGGAAGCUUUCACCGCUGCCCUUCAGAUGAGUGAUGUUAAUAUAGUAUCUUGGCUGUGCUCUCAGGUCGACUUACCCGGAAUUUGUUCGGUGAAUCCCCUUCCUUUGAGCCAAGGUGUACUUCUCUCCCUUCUACAGCAAUUGGCUUGUGAUAUAAGCAAUGAGACACCUCGUAAGUUAACGUGGAUGCGGGAGGUUAUGACUGCAAUAAAUCCAACUGACCCGAUGAUCGCAGUACAUGUACGCCCAAUCUUUGAGCAAGUAUAUCAAAUACUAAACCACCAGCGCAACCUUCCAACGUUGGGCGGUGCUGAACUUGCCAACAUCCGCUUGAUCAUGCAUGUCAUCAACUCCAUGCUCAUGAGCUCUAAAUGAUUGAUGUGGUUUGCUGGAGCCAUUCGGAUUUGGGUGCUUAAAUCUUUUGCCUUUUCCCCGAAUGAUAGGACCAUUGUUAGCAGCAGUUUGUGUGAAUUUUAACUAUGCAGUUUUAGUGAGUUUUCCAUAUGCAAUUUUGUACUGUGGUACACUGUCUGUCCAGUUACAAUUCUGUGUCUGGAUUUGACUCUCUUCCAUUUGUUUGUCAUAUUGAUUUUCCCAGUUUCAUUUGAAAUAUAUAUAUGCAAUUAAGGGAUA